AUGAUUACCAUAUUUUUGGAGUACAAAUUGGCAGUAAAGAAGAUGACAGGAGAGCAGGACAAUGGUCUAUGUGAGUAUGAACUGUCAAAGGAUGAGUGGGCUGUCAUCAAGGAUCUGCAUGACGUGUUACAGGUUCUGAAGGAUGUGACCCUUUAUUUUUCAUGCUCAACACCCAAUCUUGCAACCGUAAUUUCUGCCAUGGACCAUAUUGAUAAGGUUCUUGCAAUGGCAGCUCUUAACAAUGUCAAAUUUUCACCACCAAUGUGUGCUGCCCUUGCUAUCAUGAAGAACACUUUGAAUGUGUAUUAUGAUUGUACAGACAAGUCCAAGGUUUACCAGAUUGCUAUAGGUAUGUCACUUGUCUUAAAGGUUCUUUUAAAGUCUAAUUAUCUAGUAAUACUGCACCCAUGA